ACAAUAAAAACCCAAAAGGACUUCCUUCAUCAAAUCUACCUGCGUUUUACCAAACUUCUUCAAUUUGCGUAGGAAAUAUUCGCGAGUUUUCUGCCAUUCAAAUUCAAGAGAAAAUGAGGGGACGAAGUUACAGCUACAGCCCUUCUCCAUCUCCUCCACCAAGGAGUUAUGGAAGAAGAUACAGGAGCCCAUCUCCGAGAGGCCGUUACAGCCGUGGGAAGGAGGCUCCCACUAGUUUAUUGGUUCGGAACCUCCGCCACGAUUGCAGGCCUGAAGAUUUACGGGUGCCUUUUGGGCGGUAUGGUCCUAUCAAGGACAUUUACUUGCCUAGAGAUUAUCAUACUGGGGAUCCUCGUGGCUUUGGGUUUGUCCAGUUUGUGGAUCCAGCCGAUGCUGCAGAUGCUAAAUAUGAAAUGGAUGGUUAUGUCCUGCUUGGAAGGGAGCUGACUGUUGUUUUUGCUGAGGAGAAUAGGAAAAAGCCCUCAGAAAUGAGGGCAAGGGAGCGCUUAAGGAGUCGGUCGUAUGAUCGCAAGCGAUCCUCUUCACGUUAUUCUAGGUCUCCAGUGUAUGGAAGGGCUUAUUCACGCAGCCCGGAUGAUUAUUCACCAAGGGGCCGUUACUCACGGUCAAUAUCACCAGGAGGCAGGUCAUAUGGACGACGCUCAUAUAGAUCUCGCUCUUACUCAAGAUCCCCAUAUGGCUCGAGGAGUCGGAGUAGAAGCCCAUAUGGUAGCCGCAGCCGCAGCAGCUCUCCUGGAUACUCUAGGUGACAUCUUUAAUGAUGCAGUGGAUCAGAGUCAUGAAUCUCGUAGUGUAAAAUAUCCUCUUUGGUGUCUUGAUUUUCUGUUCUUGCGGAGCAUGAAGCUGCCUUUUAACUUCUUAGACUGAAUACGGUGUAUUUCCUCGUUGGACGGUCUUUGUAUAACGUUGGUUGAAAAAUGUUGCGUAUUGCAAUGGAGUAUGGAGUACCUAGUUACGAAAUACUGCAUUUCAAUUCUUUUCAUGUUCGUUGUUUAUUUUUAAAUAAGCAUACAAAGUAUGUUUGGUAGCAUUGCCAACUAAAGAUGAUAAAAACUACCCUGACUAAUCUGAUUUGAAAGUGAUUUGAGUAAAA